GGGUGCAAGACACUUUAAAUGAUGAUUCUGGUCGUCAUUAUUACCAUAAUUGUUACAUCCAAGGUGGAGCCGAUUUCAUAUAUGGGAAUGGUCAAUCUAUCUUUGAGGCAUGUACAAUAUUUUUUUCAAUGGGAAAAUAUGGUCCCAAAUUUGAUGGGGUUAUUACAGCACAAGAAAGGGAAUCACCAAAUGAAACAACUGGGUUUGUGUUUAAAAAUUGUAACAUAAGUGGAACAGGAUCAAAGACUCGACUUGGAAGGGCUUUGACUGCAUAUGCAAGAGUCAUUAUAGCUGAUUCAUACCUUUCAGAUGUGGUUAGACCUGAGGGUUGGAAUCAACGAAGCUAUGUUGGCCAGGAAGCCAACAUUACUUUUGUGGAGGAGGGAUGUAGAGGACCUGGAGCAAAUAAAUCAAAGCGUGUACCAUGGAUGAAGAAUUUGAGUGGACCUCAACUUGACCAAUUCCUAAAUAUCUCUUAUAUUGAUGAAGAAGGGUGGAUAGCCAAAUUGCCAACAACGAUAUAA